GGGAGGUGCGAGUGUCUUAACGGGGUUGCCCAUUGACCCUGAGCAAGAUGUCUGCCUUGCCGGCGUCACGGCCCUUGUCGGCCCGCCCGCGCGCCAUGUUCGCGAGGCGCUGAGCGGCGGCCCGGGCCGCGCUGCAUCAGGGCGGCCAACGGGAAGAGGCGAAGGAGAAGCGGCGAGCGGAGGGCCACGCUUCGCCCCAUGUCUCUGCUGCUGCUGCCGCCUCGUUGUCGUCGUCGUCGUCGUCAUCCUCAGCAGCAUCGUCGGCAACAGCAGCCACAGUUCAAGAAGGAGGGAGAUAAGAGGGAUACGGCAAAGGAGCUGCCGAGAUCCCGACGCUGAGCGGAUUCGAAGCGAUCGGCGGCUCGGGGAGGUCCCAGACCCUUGACCCGUCCGCCCAGCUCGGCAGGAAUUCCUAGAACUCGGAGAAGGGGGUCAUUGGGACUCGCUACCCCUAGGCGACCCCCAGAGAUUCAGGGACACCUGGUUCUCGGUAUACAGGAGCCCCUAUACUCGGCGCAUCGAUCCCUGGGGAUCCGAUUAGGGACCACCCCCUGAAACUUGGAGAGACCCCGGAACUCAGCGGAAGAAUCCUUACUCGGCACAGGGACUCCCGGACUUUCCUUAGGGAAGCUCUAGACUCGGGGACGUAUACGACACGGUUUAGGGAUCUCGGUACAGAGAUCCCCGGAGCACAGUGAAACCCUCCAGGUUCAGCUCAAGAACCCCUAGAUUCCGCACUCAGGAACCGCGUGGAAUUAUCAAGGGAGCCCAGAGAUUCAGGGCACCUGGAGUAGGUCAGCACAGGGAUCUCGACAGAAAGAAUCCCAGGACUCAGUCCAAGGAUUCCAGGAACUCUGGGGUCCAUAGUGGGCCCGUAGGAUUCUGGAGAGGAUCCCCUGUGAUUCCGGGCAAUGACUUUCGAGCCUGCUUCAAGCAACUUGGUAAUGGCUGAGCCUUAAGCGACCGUCUCUGAGUUUUUAGGGUUGGACAUUUGUGUAGAGGCGACACAAGUUGCUUUUAUUUUUCGUCUUAAGGAUAAUUAAAUAAUCCAAUCAGAACUUUGUGAGGUUUUUUUGUUCUUUUUUGGGGGGGAGGUGGAGGGGGGUCCUUCGUUUUGAAUCGAAAGAAGUUCGUCUUUUUAAUUUGCUGAACAUAUCCGUCAAGACCCAACAACUUCGCGAAUCGGGUCAUCCGUCCAGCUGCCACUGAGAAGUCAUUCCUACACAGCCUUUGUUUUUUUUGUUGUUGUUUAUUUCAUUUAUUUUUGAAAUUGUCGUUCCUCGUCUUGUGAACACAAAACUCAAGUGGAAGAAACGCCGCCGCCGCUGAGAUGUCGACGAGGCCGCCUCUACCGACAGUUUCCGAGUCCAAACAACCGCCCGCCGUGGGAGAUGGCCCGGCUGAGGUCGGGAACAAAGCGGGCCAAUCGCUGCGCUGCCGGAGCCCGCUCUCCAACUCGGCAGAAGAUGCCCAGCCGCCCUCGGGCCAGACCCAACGGGUGGGCAACUACCGGCUCCUCAAGACCAUCGGCAAGGGCAACUUUGCCAAAGUGAAGCUGGCAAAGCACACGCUCACCGGGCAGGAGGUUGCUGUAAAAAUCAUCGACAAAACGCAACUCAACACUUCCAGCUUGCAGAAGCUUUUCAGGGAAGUCAGAAUAAUGAAGGUGCUCAACCAUCCCAACAUCGUUAAACUGUUUGAAGUGAUUGAGAUGGAGAAGACUUUGUACUUGGUCAUGGAGUACUCCAGCGGAGGGGAGGUGUUCGACUACCUUGUAGCACACGGUCGGAUGAAAGAAAAGGAGGCACGGGCCAAGUUUCGGCAGAUUGUCUCAGCCGUGCAGUACUGUCAUCAGAAGCACAUCGUACAUCGAGACCUGAAGGCGGAGAACCUUCUCCUGGACGCCGACAUGAACAUCAAGAUCGCCGACUUCGGCUUCAGCAACGAGUUCACGCUGGGAAGCAAGCUGGACACGUUCUGCGGGAGCCCCCCGUACGCCGCGCCCGAGCUCUUCCAGGGCAAGAAGUACGACGGGCCCGAGGUGGAUGUGUGGAGCCUCGGAGUGAUCCUCUACACGCUCGUCAGCGGGUCGCUGCCCUUCGAUGGCCAGAACCUCAAGGAGCUGCGCGAGCGCGUGCUGCGCGGGAAGUACCGCAUCCCCUUCUACAUGUCCACCGACUGCGAGAACCUGCUCAAGCGCUUCCUGGUGCUGCACCCUCUCAAACGGGGCAGCCUGGAGCAAAUCAUGAAGGACCGCUGGAUGAACGUGGGCCACGAGGAUGACGAGCUGAAGCCGUACCUGGAGCCCUCGCUGGACAUCGGUGACACGAAGCGGAUAGAUUUCAUGGUGGGAAUGGGCUUCGCGCGGGAAAAGAUCACCAAGUCGCUCUCGGAGAUGAAGUAUGAUGACAUCACGGCCACGUAUCUGCUCCUGGGACGCAAGCAGGAAAUGGGCGACGGCAGCGAUUCGGGCAGCACGCAGUCGCUCUCCAUAAAGCCGCGCGCCAGCAGCGACGUGCACAACGGCAGCUCGGGCUCGGCGGCGGCGCACGGCAAGGUGCAGCGCAGCUCGUCAGCCGCGCAGAAGCAGCACCGCCACGGCGGCCCGUCCUCCGGCCCGGCGUUUGGAAAGCGCCCGUCCACCGCCGGCAACGACGGUGACGACAGUCGCAAGGCAGCCGGCGGCGGCUCGGGGAAGGCGGAGCGGACACCGCCCAGCCCGGCGGCGGUGUUCGACCCGUCCAACGCGGGCCGUUUGGAGAACCCUCCGCGGAAAAAGGGCUCCACGCCGUCAUCGUCCAACAACGCGGCGUCAGGGUGGCGCUCGCAACGCAACCCGUAUGAACCUUUGGACCAGACCGCGUCCUCGAUACAGAACGGGAAGGAGAACAGCGCGCCCGAGUCUCCGCAGCAUCGCGGUGGCGGGGCCUCCUCCUCUGUCGUGGCCGCCUCUUCCACCACCACCUCCUCCUCCUCCUCCUCGCCUGCCGCCGGCGCCCCCUUACCGACGGUCGUGUCCGCGCGCACGCGCCACCAAAAGUCCUUGUCCUCAUCGGAGCACCCGGGCACACUCUCGGAGGUGUCCGACUCGCUUUACUCCACGGCGGCACAGAGCGGACGUGCUUCGCCGUCAUCGCACAGCGUGAGUGCUGGCGGCGCCGGCGACAACCGGAACUACUUUCCGCGCGGGAUGGCCACGCGCAGCACCUUCCAUGGCGGGCAGGUGCGCGACCGGCGCACCACCACCGGCAAUGCCAACGCUGGCGGCGCCGCAGAGCCCGGCGAUGGCACCGGCGGCCUCUCCCGUGCCACGCGUGACGGCGCCCGGGGAAGCAGUGCCUCCGGCAACAUGUUCUCCCGUUUGACGGCGCGGCUCAGCCGCAGAAAUCUGUCUAUCCGAUUUACCAGAAGGGCUGUCAACGAGGUGGAGAAGAACGGCAGGCUUGAGGGACCCAGUGGUGGCGGUAGCCGGACGCCGUUUGCUGAGCCGCGGGAGGAGAUCCCGCGCGAUCCCAAGCCCCGCGCGCUGCGCUUCACAUGGAGCAUGAAGACGACGAGCUCGAUGGACGCGCGCGAGAUGAUGCGCGAGAUCCGCAAGGUGCUGGACGCCAACCGGUGCGACUGUGAGGUGCGCGAGCCCUUCCUGCUCUACUGCAUGCACGGCGACGAUCACGGAAGUGGCGGCGGUGGCGUCGGCAGUGACCUCGUCUGCUGGGAGAUGGAGGUGUGCAAGCUCCCGCGCCUCUCGCUCAACGGCGUGCGCUUCAAGCGCAUCUCGGGCAGCUCCAUCGCUUUCAAGAACAUCGCUUCCAAGAUCUCCAAUGAGCUCAAGCUCUAGCCGACGGCCCCGGGAGAUGAUGCGAGUGCCCCCCCCCCCCCCCCCGCCUCCCCCACCCCACCGCCCCCCCACCUCUCGUUGUCUUCCCCGUCUCCCCAUCACAACCUUCUUAUCUCCCCCCCCACCCCCAAAUGCUCUGCCCAGCCCUCCGCCGUCAACAGCCCUCGCCGUCCCUUCUCUCGUGAAAUUUUCUCUCCGUGGUUGAUAAUGUCACUCGAGCCUUGGACUCGGAUGUUGGCGUUUGGUGCACUCCAGAUAUUAUUUUGUUUUAGUCCUUCAGGGUACUGUGUAGCUGCGUCUUCAGCCCGCCGGACCCCACCACCACCUCUGCUACCUGGAUUCCGGGGGCUUAUUUCACGUCCGUGGAAGUGAGCUUAAAUUUUGUGGUGAUGCUUGAAGUGCUGGAGCGGGUAUGUGUACAGGAGCUGCGCGUGUGUGCGCCCCACAUCUCGUGGUGGUGAUGAUAGUGAUGGUGGUGGUGAUGAUAUACAUUUCUGCUUUGUCAUUUGCUCACCCUCCCGAAGUGACGUCGUCUUCACGUGUGCGGCAGCCCUGUCCCCCCCCCGUUGCCUGCGCGCGGGAAGCUUUGCAUGAAACGGUGACUCUUGUGGCUGUUGGUCAAAAAAAUGCGUUCCCCCACUCCUGUCACACCGCCCGGGUUGCUCCCCCCCCCCCCCCCCCCCCCCCCCCCCCCCCAACAGACCCACCGAGCUAAGCGUUUGACCAUCUCCCUUUUUGCCGUUGCACAGCGUCGCCCUUCUGCCAAAAUGCGUUGCUCUCGGCCGGGCUUGGUUUAUCUUCACAUACGGUGUGGCGGGCGUCCCAGCGGGCGGGUGUCGUAGCCACACUGUGGGCAGCUCUCAAAGGGGGGGGGAGGGGGUUGUUAUUUUACGUUUUGGGUUUUUUAGUAUUCGUUUGUUUCACGCAACGAAAGGGGGCACAUCGAUGUUGGGCUUGAGCUGCUGACGUGACCACAGAUCAUCACGGUGGAGGUGGAGCGAAAACACGGGACGGAGUGCAGAGGCUCGGUUUUUGCUAAAUACAUAGCUUAGGAGCAGAGAAAAUUGAAUAUUUUGGGUACAUUUUGUAAUGGAAAUAGGCCUGAAUUGUUUACUGCUCUGAGCCUUGCUCUCUCUCUCUCUCACUUGUAAUUGUAUAGCUUGCUACAAAUCCAAGUGAAUGUUGAUUUUAUACGCUGUAAGAAUGAACUUUGGAGGUAAAAAAAAUUAUAAAAAAUAUUUUGUAAGGGGGAUAAUUAAUUUAUGGCUGUGUAGCAUACAGAAUAUAACUUUUUGUUGUCUGGUUAUUUUUUUCUUUGUUUCACGUUGGGGCUGCCUUAGUCUGUUGGGGUUUUUCUUUAUAUAUUUCAACACUAUCUGGUGUGUAGCACCGCGCACAGUUGAUUCGAGUAAUGUAUAUUAUUUAGGCCAGUUUAUGUUUGGAAGCUUUCUUUUUAAUGAACACUGGCGAAUAAUUGUGCUUGAUUAAUGCUAUGAUCGUACGUAUUUAGGUGUCAUUUGGUUGGCAUAUCUAUUUUCUCGGUAGCAAACGUGCUCCACAGACUGCACAGUUUGGUUUUGUUUUAUUUCCUUAAUGUUCAUCGCAAACCGACGUUGAUAUACUGUAAAUAAAGAUGUGUGAUGUAAUGAAUUGGGUGAACGUGAUAUAAACGGUACUGUCCUCUUCACCUCUCGUGUUUGAUUCCAACCGACAAUUAAAAUAAAAGUAUUUCAGAUAUAUACCGUGAUAUUUUAACAAGAGACUUGGAAAUGUACGCGCUCAGUGUCGUCGUCGUUGAGAGUGAAGGGGGCCCCCCCCCCGACCCCUCUGGGGUCACACCGGCCCCAGCGCGUGGCAACUCGAAACACGCCCCGACGAUAACUCCAGCAUUAAUCCCGUUUCGCCGUCAGAUCUUGUGUUUUUUGUGCGUGUUCCUUUCCUCCCAAUCGUGCGCAGCAUAAAUAUUGACUCGCGACGCGUGUUCUUUCCAGGCGGCGAGCGCUUGCGGCGCGUGACCCGGCCGCUCGGUUAAUUUGUCAGCGCGACCGGUUUGACCGUGUUUUUUUUUUGUUCAUCUCAUCGUAGGGGGCUGCGCUUUUCGUGGGACGGGGGUUUUCCUUUUUCCGACGUCAGACCCUUGUCGACCGACGCGGGUUUGUGGUGUGGGUUGCAUGGAAAAAACUUUGUCUUAAAUCGGAGCGACGGUGCACCCCCCCCCGCCCCCAUCCCACCCCCACCGUGACGGAGGUCAGGAGUCACGCCGCUGCGGUUGUGUGGCGACGAAAAAGGCAUUUUGGGGAUUGGGGGAAGCCCUUUUUUAUCAGCGUCCUACAUCGUGUGGCAUCGACGUUAACGGCUUGACCACCCCCUCCUGCUCGCUUAAUGAAUGACUGCGUUGGCAGCGGGGUGUGCAGACAGGUGCGGAAUGCAACUCGACACUUUCAGCGUUAGUGCUGCGCUCGUAGCAAAGGUGAAAAGGCAGAACAAAAAUAAAAUGUAGAAAGGCGUUGGUGGAGGUGUGAACGCCAUGGUCAGCUUUGGCCGCGCCGACUUGACUGGGCAAGUUAAAAUGGGGCUGAUGUUUUGGUGAAUAGCUACUCUUAAAAAAGGGCCAUUGCUUGAAAUGUUAGUCUACUUUUCUUUUCUUGUUCAACUUUUCCCUUCUACAGUUAUUGAUCGUAAUGUUAUUUUUCCCCAAUCCCAUGGCAACCGCUUCCUUUGUCCAUGCAGAUUUGAUUCUUAAGCACACUUCUCAACCGACGGUGAGCGGUGCAUUUGAGCCCUGUUGUUGACCGUGUGUUAUCGGUUGUCUCUGGUUUGUGAUAAACCCUCGUGUAAUAUUACAGGACACACUGUGCGACGGGCAUAUUCAAUACCCACUUUGACGGCCGCUCCCGUCCGUAGCAGGGUUGGGGGGAACCCGUGACUUCAUUUUAUACGACUCAAAGAUAUCAGAAUUUGCAUCUUGGUCGUGAGUUCAUUUCGGAACUGCGACGCGACACCGCAACACUGUUGGUGAUCGCAGAGUGGGUCGCGGGCCUCGCGUUGGUGCGUUUCGGUGAAGGUGGGGCCUCGCUAUUUUUUCACGUUGCCACUGGGGUAAAACGCGAGCGUAUGUUAACGCACGUUGUUUGCGUGUGUUUGCCUGCCAAAGGGAAUUUUGAAGUCCUGUUCGGCACCGUCGAUAUGGAAACGGUUUCCCUCCCACCCCCACUCUCUAAAAGAUUUGGUUGCAGUGCGGCAGGCCCUGUGGCAAUGCCAUCGCUGGAACGGCAGACGUCAAUGUGGUUAUUAACUCUAUUCCGCGUUACUGCAUGUUGAAAGCUCCUACAUCUGGCAUUUCUAGGAUAUGUUCUAAAUCAGUAAGUACACUUUUAACUUAACACCACUGGCUGAAAAUGUCGAUGCCCAUUGUAUUAUUCCUCUUGUUUCCGCAUGAUCGUUGUCUUUCAGAUACUUGGAAUCACUUGCCACAAUCAUCGUGGCCAACAUUACAAAACGUAGCCAAGGAAAGUCUGUAUUAUGCUGUAAAAUACCAAAGUUCGUUGAGUUUUUUGGCAGACUUUGCGGUCAGUCCAGCGGUCGGAAGCAGUGUAUUAAAUGUCAAGGUUGUGACCUUUCACAUUUUCAUAAUGAACAUUUACUUAUUCUUUCAAAUGGGAAUUAUAACCGUUGCUACCUUUGUUACCCAAGUGCCCUUCGCAAAAAGUGUGGAUCUCUCUUUCCUUCCCCUGGUGGCUCUUGCCAAAAGUUAGGUGGAAUUCUCGUGCCGUUAUUCGACGAAGAAAUCAUUUUUAAUUCGAAAUAAAUAUUUUUUAUCUUGAAAAUUAAUUGUUGAAGUCCAUACGUUGCAAUCAAAAUGGUUCCUUUCUACCACCGGCUUCCACUAAAAUACGUCCGGAAAAGUUUUCAUGCGAGAAAAUGUUAUUUUAAGGGAUAUGUGACCUUUGCAUCAAAAAAUCUUUACUGGAAUUCGACAUUUUCUUUUCACUUACGAUGUCUUUUUUUUGCAACUGGUCACAUAGUCGUGGUUAUUCGCACUCACAUUUUGUUUCGGAAACCUCACUGCUGAUGAGACCCCAAAGGUCUUAAAGCAGUACCGAGUGCUCGAUUAAACAAACGCUGCUAGAUAAUGUUGGUCUGGAAAGCCGUUGGCUGAGUUCUGUCCAUAUCUGUUCAUAUCUGCUACCCACAAUGCCCCCUCACCACAAUGCAGAUUGAGUUGGCAUGAAAACGCGAACAAUUCGACUGACAAACGGUUUCGAGUCCCGUAGCCAGUCCGUAAUUGUAGAAAUCGAUUAACUUCAAGAGUGAAUGCGCAUUGAAACUUAUCGGAUUGCGUAUCAGGUAGGUAGCCAGCCACGGAACUCGAGUUGCCCCCAAAAUGUCGCAAAAUUCCGUCUCGUACCGUAUUCACGCCACGGCAAGUUUUGCGAGCUUAACGCCCAUUUCCAUUGCGCUUCUGCGUCCGGGCGGGCACCGCUCACCUGCGUAUAUACGCACACGCGCCUGCAGUGGAAACAGCUUAUGACAAUCCGACUAUUUCUAGGCGGCCCGUGUUUGUACAGAAAGCUCGCCACAAAGUCUGCCACGUGGUCUUGUAGCUACCCCCUCGACCCCCCCACCCCACCGCUGCCCGCCGGGUACGCGUGCGUCGUGGUUGUCGUUUACUUGUUCGGGAUACCCGCGCACACCGAGUUGGAACGCUUAAACCGUGAGAGCAGCGAGAUGAGAUUUGUCGUUUUUUUUUUACGAAAAGGGAAAAUCUAUCCACGAGCGAGAUAAAUCCCAGUGCGUCAAGUGCCUGCAAAAACGUUUGCUGAGGAUCGGCUGGGCUCACUCGGUGUGGGUGCUGUGCCUAAUUAUGGGACUCUCCCCCCCCCCCCCCCCCCUGGAGCCAGUGGCCUGAAAAUUGCUUAUCGGUACCACCGGGGGGAGGGGGGUGCGGCGAAUGCUACCAAUGAUUGUUGUUGACGCGUGUUAUCGCUGGUUCAGAUAUACAUAUGGAUAGCGAGGUGGGUCGUGAUAGCGUCUUAUGAGUAAAUGUCACAAAAGGAUACCACAGCGUGCUCAGCAGAGAGUAUCGCAUAGACGUCACCAGCGAGAGGCAGAAACUCCCAUCUUGCCUUUUGCAUGCAUGUCAUGUGACCACUACAUUGCGUCUGCAGUUCCAUGCAGGGGCAUGCGCGUGAGCAGCGGUGGGGGGGGGGGGGUGCGCGUUGGGGUGUUCGAUUCGCGUCCAGGCGGCAACGCUUGUGGGGGGGUUUCCUCAUCGCUUUCAGAAAGUUUCCGGUUUUUGAGCAUAUCGUUUUAAGAACGGAAGAAACGAACGCGAUUAUGAACCGUCCGAAAUGUGAGAACAAAUGGGAAGUGUGUCUAUGAAAUGGAAGGUAUAAUAUGCUGAUGGUGGACACUGCCCCAUCCAUGGUGGACAGUACUGUACUGGCAGCAUUUGCCACCCUAGGUGGUACCGAACAACCCCCCCCUUUGGUGGCUCGUGGCCCCUUCUACAUUUGUCCGUGGAAUACUUUCUCCUACCCAGCACGUGUUCCCAGCAGCAGCAGAAGCGUCAUCCUGUGUUGUCUCAUCGCGGGCCCCAUUCCCUGCUGUCUUUUGUCUUCGCUGUCUGCUGCUGUUGUACACCGCCGCCUGUCCCGUCUUGCCUGUCCUCGACCCUGGAUCAUGAAUGCUGCUUUUUCCCCAUUUGCCUUAAGCGAAGCACCUACUUCCCACACACACACACAGGGGCACUUUUUUUGGCGGUCGUCGAUUUUGUAAGAAUAUCGUAACGGCGCGCGAACUGGGUUGGCACAGGGAGAUUUUUUGUUGUUAUUCUGACCGGAGAGCUUCGUUUGUCUUGGCGGAAAUCGUUGAAAAGCAUUCUCGCAACGGCCCCGAUUGCUGCUUGGGUUGGUGCAGAAAGGCAUAAAAACAGGUGAACAUUGUUUUGCAAGAAUAAUGGUACUAAUACAGUUAUGCAAUUAUAUUUAGGAAAUAAUAAAGUUGAACCAUAGUGAUUACAGAUAUUUAACAAAUGUACGUAAAGUUCUCAGAAUCCCCCGUAGACAGACGAUGUUGUUGCCGACAGAUCGACAUGACUGAACUCCGAAACUUCUCCCAAAACUUAAUCUUCGAUUCGCGUGCCAUUUCUUAUAAUAACCACGAUGAUCUAACAAUCGCUCCGUUUAUAUGGAGUUUGCUUAAAUGCCUCUGCAAUCCAAAGCACCUUAUGUCACGUUUCAUCUCAACCAUUCGAUGGGUACCCGCCCCACCCCCCCCGAUACCAGCUGUCCAUGUGCGGCACAAAGAGACGGAGCACCAGCCGGCAAGCGGGUACUCGUCACACCUCCACAAUUAGAUUUCCAAAACACAAAAGUUUUUAAAGUUUAAAUGUCCCUUUGCCAGCCUGUGAAUCGCGCCCACGUGAUUUUUACACAUUCACUCGUCGGCGCACAAAACGACCUCGCGGGUUUCCGCCAGGACUGCCGAUGGCAACUCGCAGCCGAACGCCCAGGAUGGGUGAUGCAAAGUUUCCUCUCCGGGCUGUGGUUGGUUGGUUGUGGUUGUUGACGAGUACGGCCCGGUCCGUCUGCCUGUCGUGUCUGUUGCGUGCGUCUUGUCUGCGCGCAGGACAGCGGUUGGCGUUUUGUGCGCGAUGUUGAGGUCUGCGUGUUGGUUGGUGACUGCGUAAAAGGGUCUGGCUUCGGUUCGAGGGUUCAAUCCGCCAGUUUUUGUAUGACUUGGUGCUUUUAUAAAGGACUUUGUUAAACCUGUGGUUCGUACGUUGCUCUGUGCUUUUUACUGAACACACUGUUUCCGUGUUUUUCAUCUUUUCCUUUGUUUUGUUUAUCCCACCCCAUGUUUUUUGGGAUGGGAGUUUCAGGUUUUGUGAAUUAAAAACGGUAUCCAACGCUGACCC